AUGGUACCCACGAGUUACCUGAACAUUGCCAACAUGUUGUGGAUCACGACGGUGCAUAUUGCUAAUUCUGGAUUAUUCUUGUAUGGUCCUCCAGGAUCUCCAGUAUACGACGACGUUGAUGAGUUAGAUGGAUCGGAUAUUAGAGACUUUUCAAAAGUAUCAAAAAACGAUUACGAUACACCAUCGAAGCGAUCUGUUGUCACUAUCGAUGCUCCUCAUUCUUCCUUUGACGAAAUGACGCAUGCUUACUAUAGUGCUAUUGAGGCCACUCCGAAACACAGCUCAAUAGCCUCCCCUUCACUCAGAAAGCAAGUAUUUGGGAAAGUUCCACAGUAUGCACAGCCAACAAGCAGUUCAGCAUCAGCUAGCCCCUCUCUUCAUGCCGCAUCUGAAAAGCGUGGCCCUGCUUCGUCAAUUCAAUCAGAUAGCAGCUCGGCGUUUGUUGUGAAUCAGGUAGCGAGUACAUCUAUGAGUUCGGUAGGAGGAGAGCGAGAGGCUUCGCAAAUUGCCAGAAAACUAUAUGAGCUGAAGACGUGCACAUCGAGUGAUGUAGCGGAUCGCUUGAAUGAACAAAACGAUUUUGCAUUCUUGAUCCUAGUGAAAUAUCUCGAGUUGUUCCAAUUCUCUACUACACGAAUCGAUGCAGCUCUCCGUGAAUUCCUCAGCCGUGUGGAACUUCGUGGCGAGUCUUCAGCUAGAGAACGUCUUCUUCGUGUAUUCUCAGCGAGAUACCUUGAAUGUAAUCCAUCGAUUUUUGAAAGCCUUGACGAAGUGCACACGUUGACAUGCGCCCUUUUGCUUCUCAACUCGGAUCUUCAUGGCCCAAACACUGGAAAGAAGAUGACUUCUCGUGACUUCAUCACGAAUAUAGGACAUACCGGGUGUACCUACAAACGGGAGAUGUUAAAGACAUUGUAUCAAAGCAUAAAGGACAAUGCGAUUUCUCUCCAACACUCCGCAAAGAGCUCGACAGCAAACGGAUCUGCUGCUUCAAAUGUCAAGCAACAACGUGUCUAUGAAGUGGACCCAGAAUCAAUUGUAGAAUAUCACAGUUCGUUUUUGAUGAGAAAGUAUGUCAGAGAAGCGGAUGGAGCUAGAACGCCAUUCGGUCGUCGCAGCUGGAAAAUGGUAUUCGCUCGUUUGCGCGGUCUCGUCCUCUAUUUCGAUGCAGAUGAACAUCCGAAAGCGACAAGUCGAUACGCUUCACUUGAAAACGCUGUGUCCCUACACCACGCUCUUGCCGAACCCGCCACCGAUUAUAAGAAGAAAUCGUAUGCCUUCAGAGUUCGUAUAGCUCAUGGAGGAGAGAUUCUGUUUCAAACCAGCAACGAGCGAGAUUUGAAUGAGUGGUGUGCAAAAAUAAACUUUGUCGCCGCCGCCUUCUCAUCCCCAACUCUUCCGCUACCAAUAACUGCUAAGCCCGAAACCGCCCCAAUGCCACGUCUUUCACGGCUUCCAUGUUUGGCUCCAAUCACCAAACAAGUCAGAACACAUCAAGCGAGAGUGGCCGAGUUAAGUGAGAUGAUUGAAGUUGUACUACAAUCCCUCUACCCCGAGCGGCCGCAACCCCAAAUCACAGAUAGAUUAGUUCUUUUAGGCUUUGAGGUUUGUUACUCCCCAUCUAAAUGUAAAAUAAUUUCCAUGAUCCUUUUUAGAAACGCCGCUACACAACCUACAUCAACGUACUCCACAGAGUCUCGUCGAUCGCAAAGCAUCUUCCAACACGAUGAACAUCGUCACGUCUCCCAAACACAAAUCCCACCAGAAUAA